UUCCUGAAAGAGAGUUCUGUGUUAACAUCAUCGAGCUAAAGUAAACACAAGCUGACCAAACGCUGUUGAGCUGAAUGGUCAUCCCAGUAAUUGAUUGUAUAGGAAUUCGAUGACCUAGAUUUGCGAAGUGCAAAUACUCACAGAGAAUACCGCCUACGAUUUAAAACCAGUUGACACCCGAGAAAAAAAGAAUACUCCACCCAAACCACAGAGACUGAAGGAUGGCCGAGAUACGGGUGAAGUUUAACAUCGCCAUGGUGCUGGCGGUGCUGGCCGCGGAGAUCGUGAGUGUGGUCAUGUACACACACUACUCCCCCUGGUAUCACUCCCUGGGUCACCGCAACAUCAUCGCCGCCAUCAUCGCCGACUGUGUUCUCGUCUACAUACUGAAACUCAUCAAAGAGAACUUCUGGGACCCCAAGAACUGGGAGGAUACUGCAGUACUAAGCAUGUGGCUGGCCCUGCUGUAUCUGGGGUACCAGAUGCCCCACGUGGUUCACAAUACUCACAGCUUCACCUACUUCUUUGUCCACGUGGUCCACAAGUUCGCCAUCACCUUCGUCAUGUUGUUUGUAAUGGAGAGAUUUAAACGAUAUUAGUUCAAUAAAUUAAUACUUACUGUAGUAAUUUGCA